CGCGGCGCGCUGGCUCCUCCGUGCAGCAGCUGUUUGGGGUUUGAAAUUCCAACAUGGCAGAGGCAGCGGUCAGUCUUCCCCUCACUAACUUGGAAUGGUUUCAAAUCGCAAGCAUCUGCGCUUGAGCCCCAACCACACGUCCGUCGGCGAGCCUGCGCGGAUCGAUGUCGCCCUAAAGCCCUGAGCUCACCCUGCCACACACACAGGUUAAAUGAAUACCUGACGAAAAGGCCUCCCGUUUCACGGCGCUGAAAUGCGAUAGCGGAGAGGAAAAGUGGCCGUAUUGAAAGCCGACCUUUGGAAUUCCUCCCAUUCUGCUGGUUCCCCCCUUUUCUCCCUUGUUUUAGCGUGGCAGAGAUGAUCAGUAGCACCGGUGUGUAUGGCUUAAAGAUGCAGUGGACCCCAGAGCAUGCGCAGUGGGCAGAGCAGCACUUCGACAUCUCCUCCACGACCCGUUCCCCGGCCCACAAGGCUGAGGCAUACCGCGGGCACCUGCAGAGGACCUACCAGUACGCCUGGGCAAAUGAUGACAUCUCAGCUCUGACUGCUUCUAACCUCCUGAAGAAGUAUGCCGAGAAGUAUUCUGGCAUCCUAGAGGGUCCCGGUGAGAGGGCUCUGCUGUGCUCGUAUCCAGAAGGUGCCGCAGGACUCUUGAAUGGGCGCAAAUCAGAAAGCGAGGCCUGGCAAGAGGGGAUCUACCCAAUGAACUGCUCUGCAGAUGUGAUAUCUGCGAGCAAAGCUGUUGUUCCGGCUGCUUUGCCCCCGGGAGAUUCAACGGCAAGUGUCUGCAGCGCCGCAGGGGUUCCGAGCAGCCUGAGCGAACCCAGCUACUCUAGCAGUGGCUGCGGGAGCCACACGCCUGCUGCCCUGCACUCGGGGAUCCCCUCUCAGGAAUUUGCUGGUGGCUACAAUGGCACGUACCUGCAUUCCACUUAUAGCGGUGGGCAAAGCACCCCAUCCCUGGCCUCCCCACACCCCUCCCCUUUGCACAGUGGUGGGCUCCUCCAGCCUCCUCCUCCGCCUCCUCCUCCCCCUCCUCCAACGCUGGUGCCCAGCUACAACGCAGGCUCACCCAACCUCUCCAGCUACAACUACCCUCCUGCAGGCUAUCCCCCCCAGGCUGCUGUUGCUCCCGGCUACAGCCCCGGGGGAGCCCCACCUCCUUCAGCCUACUUGCCCUCAGGCAUUGCAGCGCCUACACCACUGCCCCCUUCUACUCUCCCUGGCUACUCCUACCAGUCACAUAGCCAUGCACCAAUCGCACCUACACCUCUGAAUGGCAGCUCGGCCAACUCACUGAAAAGGAAAGCUUUUUACAUGACGGGGCAAGGCGACAUGGACUCCAGUUAUGGAAAUUUCAGCUACAGUCAACAGCGCUCGACUCAAAGCCCCAUGUACAGGAUGCCAGAUAACAGCAUUGCUGAUUCAAGCAGAGGGAAUGGGUUUGACAGAAGUGCUGACACGUCAUCUCUGCCAUUUAAGCCCACAAAACAGUCAAUGUCCUCAGACCAGCAGCGAAAAUUUGGCAGCCAGUCUGGCAGAGCCAUCACCCCUCCAUCCUAUGGGUCCUCCAAAGGAUCCGUGGGCUCGGUCCGAUCAGGAGAGUCAUUCGGAAAGUUUGGCUCCCCAGUCAUGAGCGAACAUGGUGAGGAGCACAGACAACACUUGUCCCAUUCCGUUGGCACAGUGACUUCAAGUGGCCACCCAGCUGAGGAACAGUUAAAGAACAGUGAUGCCGGCCUGGUGGAGAUGGUCACCACAGAGAUUCUGCAGCAAACGCCCCCUGUUGACUGGAGUGACAUCGCAGGGCUGGAGCUGGCCAAGGCCACCGUCAAAGAGGAGGUCCUGUGGCCCAUUCUGAGACCAGACAUGUUUAGCGGCCUGGCGCCAUUGCCACGCAGCAUACUCUUCUUUGGACCUCAGGGCACAGGGCGGACACUGCUGGCCCGCUGCGUGGCCAGCCAGCUGGGCGCUGCGUUCCUCCAGCUCAGCAGCUCAGCACUGGUCACCAAAUGGCUGGGGGAGGGUGAUAAGGUGGUUCAGGCUUCGUUUCUUGUGGCUCGCUGCCGGCAGCCUUCAGUAGUCUUUGUUAGUGAUGUAGAUCUGCUGCUGUCGGCCCAGCUAAGCGAGGAGAGCCCGGUGAACCGGAUCAAGAGUGAGUUGCUCCUGCAGCUGGAUGGGGUACUCAGCUCACCAGAAGACCAUGUCCUGGUCAUCUGUUCCACUAGCAAGCCAGAGGAGAUCGACGAGGCUCUGCGGAGGUACUUUGUAAAGAGGUUGCUCAUUCCACUCCCAGACACUACGGCACGGCACCAGCUCAUCAGCCAGGUGCUCUCCCAGCACAACUACUGCCUCACCGACAAAGAGGUGGCGCUGCUCGUCCAGAGGACCGAAGGAUUCUCGGGUCUGGACGUAGUCCGGCUCUGCCAGGAGGCUAUUGUGGGACCUUUGCAUGGCAUGUCCAGUGCGGACCUUUCCGGGAUCAUGCCUGGUCAGAUGAGGCCGCUGUCGUACCAAGACUUUGAGAAUGUCUUUUGCAAAAUCCAGCCCAGCAUAUCACAGAAAGAACUGGACACAUACACUGAGUGGAAUAAAAUGUUUGGCUGUAGUCAGUAAGAGGGGUGGUUAAGGGGAACCAUAUGGGGACAAACUCUCCUGCUCUAAGGAGAGGAUACAAUUCAGAAUUCUUUGGGUGAAACAUGCAGUCUUGAAGGGUGGGUGUUACAAAUGCUAGUGACCCUUAAAGAACAGCAGUAAGGACACUCAGAUAGACCUGAAUGAUGCAUAGCUAUGCUUAAGUCCAUGUCUGGCCCUUUGCACAUAGCGCAACAGAGAAACCCACUCUUGGGCUCAACUCUGCUGAACCCGAGUGUCACUUAAUGAGGUGCACUGUCCUGAGAUGACUGCGUAGAUGAACUCCGUUGUGUGUAAAUAUCAUUCUGCUGUUUUUGAGAUUCUGUUGCUAUCAAGUGCCUAAAGUGGUGCUUUAUUAUUUUGUAUUUUGGUUGGUUUGCCUCACAAUCUACAUUGGUGGCAUGUGCUAAUAUAGAAAGCUUUAACCUGAGACUAAAAUAGACAUGUUCUGCUUUUUGUCAAUUCUGUCAAAAAAAGAACAAAAAAAAAAAAACAACAGUAUUCCUCAACUGAGUCUGAUCUGCAGGCCCUAAGUGGGGAAAAAAUAAGGUUCUUGUGGCAUUUGUAAUCUGGACCCUAAUUUAUAAACUUAAUUUGCUUUUGAUUUUCAUCAAAAACUCAGGAAAGUGAUUGUGAUUUGUACAGUACCUCAAAAGAUUGUGUCAAAGCACUACAUAUUGCAGUUAACAUUGGGUUUGGUUUUGGAUUUGGUAAAAAGGUUCACCUCAAUUGAUUAAAAAAAUGACAAGGAUAUGACUAUGAAUGUAACCAGAGCAUUUCUGGGUUGUUUGGGAGAAAAAAAAAGUGGAGGAGUAUUUCUUUUGUUUUCUUUACUUUACAUUGUCAAAUCUUGACAAAAAAUUAUUCCAUUUUGAGUACUGCUUGAAAUAGAGGGUUAAAGAAUGAAGAAUUCUGAAUUGUGUGCCAGUUUUGACUACAGCACCCUGUCCUCAUGCAUAGCACAGUACUGACUCUAUAGCGCAAGCUCAUGUGUUAGUAAUGGGCACAGCUUAUUGUGCUGAUAAGGUUCAUUUGAAGCCUUAGCCACAAAAGAGAAGAUGCAGCGGACCACGAUAUUUGUGUUUUGUAAAACUCUGUAUUUGUCACUUGUCAACGGACAGAAAAGACAGACAUGCUGGGGUGAACCAAAACAUUUUUCCAAAAAGACCACCAGAUAUUAUCUUUAGAGGUUGUUUAUGUUCUUUUAUUGUUUUUGACUUUGUUCUGCUGCUGUGUGUCAUCCGUGUAACAAUCCUGAAGGAUCAUGUGUACCCUGCAUUCUUUUUCUACCUCAGUUUAGCACUGUUUCCUCUGAAAGCAGAAUUAAAGAGGCUAGCUUGAUGUCCUAACCUUUUUUAGGCUCACUCAGCUAGAAAGCCUGCUCAUACAACUAGCUGCUUCCCCCCCAUCAAAAGAAUCAACAAAUGCUACUCUGACACUUAUCUGUGCAAUUCUUCUGCUCACAAUACAUAGUGCGCACUACCCCCCUUCAUACACAUGCUUCAUGGGUUUUGUGUAGCACUCAGAGGGCACCAUUCUCUGGACUCCUCUUUUGGUGUCCCUGCCUCUAUUGUUGGCAGCUCUUUUCUUAACUGACAGCCAACAGCUUGGGCAGUAGCACCAGAGGCUAAGGAAGCCUGCACCUAUGUUUACUGCACACGAGGAAAAGUAACAGAAAGCCUUGUGUUGAAUGUAUGUUUUUGUUUGUUUGUUUAUGUUUAUUCUCACCCUAUUUUUUCAGAGCAUUUCAGUAUGCCGUUUUGUGAAGCACUAGCCGAGUGGUGCAGAGCUGCCAGCGUAUGCCACUGAAGGAGAAUCCUGCAGGCUUUCUGAGGGAAGCUGCCUUGUUUCUGUUUCUCCCAGGCCUUUACUGCUCUGCUCCCAUCUACAACAUAAUGCGUCGGGAUUGCUGAUGUAGAGCUCAGACAUUUCUCUUCAGCACUGCAAUUUUCCCCUGUUGAUGGUGCUUAUUUAGCCGCUAAAGCCAUCAGUCCCUCCACUACAUGCAUAUCUGACUUCCGCCAGCACAUAUCCCUUCAUUUUACGACAGACGUGCGGUUAGUCGUUUAUUAGCUGUAAAAUGCCACUUGUUUUACCAUUUUGCAUUCAUUGCUUGAUGUGAGAUGCCAACCAUGUUUGGUGUCUAUCCAGUAGAUCACCUUUGGAUUUGGACUGGCCUGUAAUAACGUAUUCCAUCUUGGAAAAAAAAAGGAAGUAAAUGUUACUGUGCAAUUUGUCAAAUGCACUUUUCAAAUGUGUUAAAUUCAAGUAUGUUAUCUUGGCACCAAAGCAAAUGCAGCCAUUUUACGUAAAGAUCCGAAAUGUAAGCUCUCCUCGACUGGCUUAUAAAAAUAUAUGGCAAUUGACAGCAGUUUAGCCUGUGCUUAUUCCACAGCAUAGACCUUAGUAUAUUGUUUUUUUUUCUUUCAUAAUAAAAAAAGUUCUGUGUAUACUUAAGCCAAAUAGCACUGAUCCACAGAGCCGCUCCGACAUGUCGUGGAUAGAAUCUCUCUGUCAUUAUCUUUAACAGGCUUGCAGAAAACCACUGUGCUGUGUGAACGAGCCACCAGCAUUCCCCUACAUAUACCCCUUCUGAAAGAUCUCUGGACAGGCCACUCUUGACUUGGAAAUGAUCACGACUGCAAAAGCGUUCAGUUUAAAACUGCAUUAAAUGGAAAAAGCAACAGACUCUGAAGUACAAGUUUUAAAGCACACAAAACAACCCCGAAUCACUUGAAUAUUGCUUUGUGUAUUAUUAUUGUUUGUUUUUUUCCUCUCCCUUCCUAUAUAUAUGUUCUGUGUCCUGCGUUCUUCGGCACUCUUCCAGAUGUUGCUGGUGUAUCAGUUUUUUAUUCAAACAUUGUUCUCUAAAACCAUUUCUACCUCAUUGCUACAUACAUACAUGUAGUACCUAUGUUCUGUCUUUUUUGAAUGUCAUGCAUUUGUAUAAAAGGAAAAAAAAGCAGAAAAACAUAAAAGUGAAAGAAAAAAAUGCUUGUCCUUGACUUGAGCAGUCUACCUCAGAAAGACUGUCCCUACACUGAGCAGUUUAGUAGCUGCACAAAUGAUGAGACACACCACAGAGUGUUGAGGCAAAAUUAUUGCACACUUACUUAAGAUACAGACAUAACUUUGAAACUCUUUGAAAUCUACUUACGAAACCACAAUGGGUAAGGAUAUUGUGGGCUGUAUAGGUCUUCUUCAAGGUCUCUAAAUGCAGAUUCAGUUUUUGGAUUAUAAUAAAUCGCUUUACUCCUUUGUGAAUUGUAGUGUGCAUGUGAACGUGUGUGCACUUAUUAUUAAGUGUGUAAGUGUGCAUUUUUAUAUAUGAAAAUUCUAUAUGAAAUGUACCUACAUUUCAUAUACUGUAUUUGUACAUGAGAUACACUUGCACAUAUGUGUACUUAAUGUACAUUUGCUAUUGAUAUAACAUUUUGAAACGCACCACAUACAUGUUUAUGUGUGUGUAUGUACAAUAUUGCCAUAACUACAGUCGACGUAAAUGUAUUUUCAUGUAUUCAUAGGGACAAAGGACAAUAAAAGAUCAUUAAACUGUUUUUGAAA